AUGCCUGAAGCAACUGGAGAUAUCGGUCUUAUUGGUCUGGCCGUCAUGGGCCAGAACUUGAUUCUGAACAUGGACGACCACGGAUACACCGUCGUUGCCUACAACCGUACCGUCAGCAAGGUCGAUGACUUCCUCAACCAGGAGGCCAAGGGCACCAAGAUCCAAGGUGCGCAUUCGAUCGAGGAGCUCUGCUCCAAGCUGAAGAGGCCACGCAAGGUCAUGCUCCUCGUCAAGGCCGGCCAGGCCGUCGACGACUUCAUUGAGCAGCUCCUGCCCCACCUCGAGGCUGGCGACUUGAUCAUCGACGGUGGUAACUCGCACUACCCGGACACCAACCGCCGAUGCAAGUACCUCCAGGACAAGGGCUUCUUGUUUGUUGGAACUGGUGUGUCUGGUGGUGAGGAGGGUGCCCGUUACGGUCCCUCUUUGAUGCCUGGUGGUUCUCCUGAGGCUUGGCCAUUGAUCAAGGACAUCUUCCAAUCGGUCGCGGCCAAGACGGAAAAGGGCGAGCCAUGCUGCGACUGGGUCGGCGAGGGAGGUUCGGGCCACUACGUCAAGAUGGUGCACAACGGUAUCGAGUACGGAGACAUGCAGAUCCUCGCCGAGGCCUAUGACAUCAUGAAGAACGUGCUGAAGAUGAGCUACGACGAGAUGGCCAAUACCUUCACCGAGUGGAACAAGUCUGAGUUGGACUCGUUUUUGGUUGAAAUUACCGCCCUUGUUCUGGCGUUCAAGGAUGAGGAUGGCCAGCCCCUUGUUGAGAAGAUCCGUGAUGCUGCGGGUCAGAAAGGAACAGGCAAAUGGACCGCCAUCUCCGCCCUCGAUCUCGGCAUCCCCGUCACACUCGUCAGCGAAGCCGUCUUUGCCCGCUGCCUCUCCGCGCUCAAGGACGAGCGUGUCGCCGCCAGCAAGGUGCUCAAGGGCCCCGAGAACGUCUCCUUCACCGGCGACAAGAAGUCCUUCCUUGAGGACAUUCGCCAAGCCAUCUACGCCGCCAAGAUCAUCUCGUACGCGCAAGGGUUCAUGGAGCUCCGUGCCGCGGGUGAAGAGUUCAAGUGGAACUUGAACUUUGGUGGGAUUGCCCUUAUGUGGAGGGGUGGAUGCAUUAUCCGCAGUGCCUUCCUCGGCGACAUCAGCGACGCCUUCAAGAACACCCCCGCCCUCAAGAACCUGCUCCUCGACCCCUUCUUCACCAAGGCCAUCCACAAGGCCCUUCCCCACUACCGCCGCGUGGCUUCGCAAGCCAUGUUGCUCGGUGUGCCGAUCCCCGCCAUGACCUCUGCCCUGGCUUUCUACGACGGAUACCGUUCCGCCCGUGUGCCUGCUAACUUGUUGCAAGCUCAGCGUGACUUCUUUGGCGCGCACACGUACGAGCUGGAAGGCAAGACGGGCACAUGGGUGCACACCAACUGGACCGGCCGUGGUGGCCGUGUUGCGUCUUCCACUUACAACGCGUAG